CGUCACCAAUUAAAUUAAAAGAAUAAAUCGUGGUCACUUUUAACGGCGUAUUACGAGAAAUAUAAUUUCGAUUACUAAGGAAAUUAUACGUAAUACAAGUACGCGAAUAUAUCUACGGGUGUCAAACUAAAGACUAAAGAGUGUCUAAUCUAAUGUCAACAGUCAACACAACAAUUAUUACUAUUAUAGGUACUGCUAGAAAUAAACUGAUAUCUGUAUUAUAAAUAUGUAUAUUUCAGGCAGUCAGGAAUAAGGAAGAUUUUAAUAUCUGUAAACAAAAUAAACAUGGAAUCUCAUACUAUUUUUAGAACAAAAUUCUAUGAGUCGGUUGGGCUGGCCGGCUGGUGGUUGUCGUCGCUCAUACGGUCGCAAUAAUAUUGUUGUUAUCGACACUUCAUAUAUUUAUGUUAUAAAAAUAAAAGACGAAAAUUUGUGACAAUAACAAUUAACAAUACAUUAGAAUGGUAUAACACAAAAUAAUGUAAUUUAAUAGUAUAACAAAUUAGAUACAACACAUUUUGAUACGGCUGACAGGGGGGAGCUGCCCCUACCACCCCCCUGGAUCCACGCCUGUACUAUUUCAAUUCAGUUUUUAUUUAGUUUAAAAUUAUUAUAUUGGAAUUAAAUUAAAAAAGUUAUUUCAAUUCCUAAUUCAGAUACUAUAAUCGCUAUUACUUCUGAUAUUAUGUAAAAAAAUAAAUUGCAAAAUAAUUUAGCAUAUACUUCCACAAUUUUUUGUUUCUUGGUUAAAAUAAUAAAAAAAUAGAAACAUUAAAUCUAACAAUAAUUGAGUAUCGCGAAAGUGGAAAUGAAAUGAAAUGAAGUUCAAGGAAAAUCCGAAGUUAUAAUAAUAAUAAAUUAAACUACGUACUCGGUAAUACGUUAGAUUAAUAAUCUUAUUAAUAAAAAUGAAAAUAUUUCAAAUUAUAUUGAAGUAACAUCAUCCAACAUGUAGUAUGAAAUAUGCCCCAUUAACUUCGGUCGACGUCGAAUACACCUUCAGCCGCUACGAGUUGACUUUAAAAUCUAACCGUCGUAUAUUAAAAUCUUUAAAUGUAUGUUGUAUCCAAUUGUUUCGAAGAAGACAACAACAAAAACGAUUAAACGAAUAAUUAUCGAUUAAUAAUUAAAAAUUAAUGUAAAAUACCGAUUUUUUGUUAAAUAUUUCACGUUUUUUAAUACAUAUUUUAACAAAAAAAAAAGAAUAUGAAUAUUUACAUAUUUUGACUUUUCUAUUGUACAAAAAUCCGCGCCCUAACCAUCACAAAUCCAUCCCGUUACCGUUCGGUUAGUAAUAACGUUCUUCUCGUGCAGACAUGCGGCAGUGCUCAUUGCGAGCGUCGGGGGAGGAACAGACGACAGGGUAAUAAUGAUCCGUAGCAAGUCACGAAAAAUAGUAUUGUUACUUUAUUGUUGGAAAACGGUUAACAGGUAGCGGCGGUGGCGGAGGAAGACUACGAGCGGUUCGGAUGGACGAGUACGACGCGUGCGCCGGCUGCGGCUGAAGAGCAGCGGAAACUCGUCGUCGCGAUCGCGGUCGUCGUCAGCAGCGGCUACGGCUGUCCGGCGUGCGCGCGGACAACGAACGUGCGAGUAAUGACGUGGUCGUCGCGUUUCCCGUCACCAGUCAAGGCAGCGACGACGACGACGACGACGACGACGACGAAAAAUCCGUUGCUGUUGCUGCUGCUGCUUCUGUUGCUGUUCGGAGCGCUGUUGGACGUCGUCUCCACCGCGGUGUCCAUCACCCGGCACCAUCGCGGCGACGUUUUCGACGUAUCAGAUGUGAAAUGUUCAAUGGAAACUUGCAUCGGUGUGAGCAGCGGUACGGCGUCACAAGUCGACGGCAUCAAUGGCGGUGGCAGUGGCGGAGUCAUGGGCUUGAGCAUGGAUGACUCUCUGUCGAUCGGGAGCAAAGGAAAACCAUUUUUCGGAGGUAUGGCAGUCAAUAGCGGCUGCCGAUGCCAGUGCAUACAACCCAUGCCCGUGUUCAGGGAUGAUUUGCAAAUAUGCGUCGAUGACCUGCAAGAAUGUUCAUUGGCUUCAUUUGUGUCUGGAACCACGGUACAAAGAAUACCUUACGUGUUUCUACCCCUGCAAGGACAAAUAGUGUAUCCUAGUGCCGAAAUUAAAAUUGCUGGUAUGCAGUAUCCUAUUUGUGCUAUUUCAAAAGCAAAAUAUUUAACCCGAAGUGGUUGGGUUAAUUUUAAAAAUCAAUCAGAUUUCGAAAUUCCUUUCCAAAUACACCGAGAAAAUGGACACAUAAUGUUACUAUGGUUAGGAGAUUUGCAAUCAAGGGCCAACAUAGAAGGUCGUUUAGUGUUGAUCGAAAUGAUUUGCAAAGAGACAUUACCCCAAGAUUAUGACAACAAUUUUCAUCAAGCCAUAACACCUUGUCUUUCAUUUAGAAUAGCAGGAACUCCAAGUGUAAAAGAAGUACUGUUUUCGGCUGAUAUUCGAACUUUGGAUAAUGCUCCUGGUUCUGGACUAACCAUUAGUGAACUAAUAGCUGUAGCGAUUUGUUCUAUUUUGUUAGGACUUAUGUAUGUAGCAUCGAUUUUGUUAUACUUGCAUGUUCGAAAAGGUCGACCUAAAGGACGUAAUGGGGAUACAGAAGCGUUUAAAAAUCCAUUGAUGUCAAACAGUAUUACUGAAGAAGGUAUUGUGAAAAACAAUCCACUUUUGCAACACAGUUACAAUGAUAAUGAAGCAUAUGAAUCGGAUGAAGACAGAAACUAUAGUAGAAGUCCACAAGGAGAACCAACAAUGGAUAUGAUUGAGAAUAAUAAUAAUAAUAUUCGAAAUUUAACUACUGCUAUUGUACAUCCCAUUCAGUCGUACAAUUCAUGUAUUAGUCAUUCGAUGUAUUAUUCGGAUUCAAAUUCAAUAGAAAAACAUCCAGAAGAGGACAUUUCAAUAGUAGAAACAUUGGAUAGCAAAGAAGAUCGACCAGAUAACAUAAGAUCAAUAGUGUGUGCCAAUCCAAGAAAAAAACUUUACUUUAAUCCGGACUACUUUGAACUUGAAUUAUUGAUGGCUCCUCCACCAGCAGCAUUAGAAUUUUUAGAAAAAAUUCGCGAAGUAAUACAAGAAGCAAAAAGAAAAAUAACAAUGAAAAAAUUUUCACCAAAUCUCAAUAUAAUACUAGAAGAAGUUAACGAAGAUACAGAUGAACCACUGAAUUCUUGCGAUAAAUGCAAAACUCAUUUAAAAAAAAAAUCAGCUACGAUACAAAAAUGGUUGUUGGAUGUGCCAACAGAAGUUACCAAGCCUAAGAAAAAACAAGCUCCUUGCACUCCAGUUGAAUUAGGAUCACUAGAAAAAGUCAAUAAUAUCUUAAGUAAUGAUAGAGAAUCGAUACAAAAAAUGAAUGAAAAAAAAUUGAAUACUGAUAUUGAAAAUAAAGAAGAAAACAAAGAAGAAAAAAAAGAAAAAAUAGAAGAAGUAGACGAAGAUGACGGAGAAGAAAGUACAAAUAUAGAGUGUGAUAGUCUAGAAAGAUCAAUGAAUUAUAGGCAGAAAAGUGGAUAUCAUACACCAUCUGAAUAUGGGGAUGUUAGACCAGAUUUAAGUCCAGUGUUAAGCAAUUCUGCGUUACCGAUGGAAGAAGAACUUACAGUUCAAACAACAUACACAUAUGAUACUAUCACGAAAAAAGAAAAUUAUUAUGAACAUAUAUCUGGUCCAGAUUGCGUGCGAGAAAAACCAAAGAAGGAAAUCCUACCUGACAUUUUGAAUAGAUCUUCUGAACGUUACAAUUUAGUGAGCGAAGUUUAUGUAAACGAUAAUUUCAAUACAAGUAUGUCGCCUAAUAACUCGCUAGAUAAAAAGAUUAAAAAGAAGAGUCCUGGUCAGAUAACCAUCGAAGUUGAAGACUGUCCAGACAAUUAUCCAAUAGAGGAGGAUUCAGAUAGUUUCGAGCCAGAUACAUUAGAUAGAAAUUGUACAAAAAUCAAACCAAAAUUGAAAACUGUAUAUUCUUCAGAUUCACUAGAACAAUCAAGCAGUCCCAAAACAAUUAGCAAUGGAUUUGGUAGCUUAUUAGAAAUUUAUGAGGCCAAGAAUGUUAUGGCUGAUGUUCAAAAAAGAUGGAAUAUGAACCAAACAGAGGCCAAAUACUUGAAACCUGAUCCAAAACACUGCCGUAGGCAAAGAUGCCCAUCACCCUUAUCAGAACCAAAGCCUUCAAAAAACGCAUGUGUCAGAAGCACUAGCAACUACGGAGUCAAGCAAAUAGAUUGUAUCCGUUCACCACAUAACCGGCAAACCAACGAGAUCAUGGCUGGUGCUUCUGACAAACAAGCAGUCAAAAGUUUGCCGACUGAUCAAACAAAGUAUGAGGACUCCGGAUAUCUUAGUACUGAAUCUAAUGAAUCUUACUGCAAAGUAGUGGCUAAUAGUUUAGACACUGAUGAAUCUGGAGCAGAAAGUAUAGAUACAGAUUUUAAAUUUUUUAAAACGCGUACAGAUCAUAACUUCUACGAUUGGUAAUGAUUAUUUAUUAUCCAAAGAUAUUUUUCAAUUUGCCUAUUAAUUUUUAAUGUAAAGUAUAUAAAUAUAAGCACCAAAAAUUAGAUUUACUUGUAAAUGAUAAAGUCCAAAAUAAUGCAUAGUCAAUUGCAGACU